GUACUCUAGCAUUUGUGCUCAUAAUAACUUCCUCUAUCGGUCCAAUUCCCCCAGUAUCACCAUGUCUUCCAAAAAAAGAGCCACCGGCGACGAUGACCGCCAACUGACCGCCAGCGAUGUGACGAUGCAGAAGAAGAAGGCACGGAGAGUGAGCUUCGCCGAGACGGCUUCCGUCCACUUCUUCGACCGCGACGAGGAUGAGAUUCCUUCAGAAUCUAGCUCUAAGGCGGGGGAUAGAAAUGGAUUUGAAGUGAACGAGCUGAAUUUCCAUCAAUUGGACAAUUCGAAAACUUUCGAUAAUGGAGAAGAUGGGAAUGUGAGUGAUGAUGAUGAAGAAGGAGAGACUACAAUGAGGACAUCGUCCUUAAUGCCUAUGGAAUCAUCUUCCCCUACAUUGGGCUCUGCUACAUCGAUCAAUGAAGAUCAUUUUUUCGGUCCUGUAUCACCCAGUUUUAUCAGACCGGGACGACUAUCAGAUUUAGCAAUUUCAGAUGACAAUCAUGAAAAAACUAUGGAUUCAACAGCUAUCUCCAUGCAUUCCCGUAGCCUUGCUAGGUCAGAGGCAGGACCGGACUUGAAGACCCCUCCUGGCAUUCAUCUCUCUGCUGAAGAGAAAACUGAAGAGAACACACCAGCAUCCACUCAAGGGAACUCUAUGGUGCUCACUGUAACAAAGAAGCAAAUUUUGAAUUCUUCAUUCUCCGUUGCUAAGGCCAGUGGAACUAGUAUUUCAAGUGAUAUGAGUUUGAUUGGUGAACAUUCAAAAAAGUAUGAUUAUGGUAGGUUGUCACCUGACUUGGAUGCACUUUUACCAGGAGGUCAACAUCAAGUGCAUAUAAGAUCAUUAUUAGACAAUAUCAGUGCUUCAACAUCACCUACAAACUGGAAAUUGGACUAUUUAGCAUCAAAAGAGGAUGCAAGUGGCAUAAAGGGUUUUGAUGAGAGCUGUAAGCAAGCAGGGGCUGCUUUUUUUCAUAAUGUGCCAUCUGAUUCAGGGAUUUAUCAGGCUACCCACAAUUCCUCAGUUUCUAUAUCCAGUAAUCCAGAUUGCAUUUCAGUUGAUUACGGACCUUCGUUGUCUAAUGAGUCAAGUAAAGAAGAAUUAGUUGUUAAGAGUAUGGGCGUUUCCAUAGAUGCCUUGCAAGUCAAGUCAAAGUUCACGGAGAGCACAAAUAAAUUGGUACCUUUGCAAACAAAGAAACUUACUGUAUAUGGGAUUGAAAUGUUACAAGAUUCCAUAAGUCGCAUGCUCAAGUCCAAAAAAUAUGAGUUGUUUUUGCAAGGACUUCUCUCUCAGAAAAACUCUGCAUAUCAAAAUCUUAGGGAGAAAAGCAGGGCCGUUGAAGUUAAAUUUUUGAUGUGUCGAGUCGCACAAGAGAAGGCAAAGUUGCACUUGAUGCUCUUGAAGAAAGAUAAACUACUGGAAAAGUUUCAUUCUGUUAGCUCUGGGGUUCAAGAAUGCAUAUCUUUGAAAUUGAAUUCUUUGCCUCUACUAUCUGCAAAAUCUGCUAAAGGUCACCAACUUGGUGCUUCUUUGCAGACGUCUAUUGUUAAUCGAAAGGAAAUGACAAAGGCGGCUCGUGACAAAGUGAGCACUCUAGUGCAGGCUCUGGAAGAUUCAAACAUGAAAAUUACAAACUUGAUAAGAUAUUUUAACACUUCUUUAAAAAUGAAAGAUGAACUUAACUGUAAUGAUACUGUUGCAUUAGUAAAGGAAUAUAUGGUGAAGAGACACCAUUGCAGAUUCUUUCAUGAGGAGAUGCAGAUGUUUGAUAUUCAGGACAUGUGGAAUAGUCCUGGUCAUCACAUUGUUGUCCUCAAAUACCUUGGAAUCCUGGUUCAAAGUUUGAAAAUAGUUACUGGCUCAACUUCAAGCAUCACCAUUUCUAAUGAACUUAAUGAUGCAACUAUCACAAAGAAAUUCCGAAAUAUGGAUGCUCGCACUGCAUUUUCCUUUGUGCUAAAGGCCGAGAUAUCCAGGAAGUUUUUUGGUGCUAGAAAUCUUACACAAGAGAUACAGGUGACUCAGUCCCUUUUAGGCAAUUUGGUUGAUGUGAUCAAGGAGGUACAGCUAGCACGGAGUGAGCUUCACAAUCUCAUUGAUACUCUUUUUUGCUCUUCUAAGGAUGAAGAACUUGAUCUGCAUCUUAACUUCAUCAGUUUUAAGAGUGGCAUCAAGGUGAAAGUGAGACUUGGCUUAUCAUUCUUGAACAGAGGUACCUAUCCCUCAGAGACUAUCCCAUAUGUGUGGGCAACUCGAGCUAAUGGGAUAAAUUGUGACGAAUCAGUUGUUGGCGGUAUUGAAGAUGCAAUCAAGAGUGUCGAACCAGGUUACUUGAGAAUUUUACGAUUGUGUCGGUGUAUUUCCAAGGCUAUUCUGUCUUCAGGCCUGUAAACUUAGUUGAUGACAGAUCUUGAGCCAAUUUGGCAGUGAGUUGUGUAUCGGUUGACUGUUGAUGAUAAAUGAUUAUGUGUUAGAAUCUUUUGUACUGGAGUCCGUACCAAGGGUGAAUUUUUUAAAAAACCCCAAACAAAAGCAUGACACGGGUCU